GAGUUUUAUCCGUUUAGUUGCGAACAAAUCAUAAGGAAAUAAGUUACUCAUCGUUAUCCAACACUAACAGAACAACAUUUUAUAUCGUUAAAAUUUGAAUGCUCUUAGGAGCUCUAUAAUUAUAUAGACAAAAGGGAAAAAGAAUUCGCACAAAACAGCUGCUAUAUUUAAAUUUAUAGACGGAUAUGUCUAAAUCACUUUUAAUUUUGGCUCUCUCCCUUUUCUUUGGAUUAAUCUAUUAUGCUGAGGCACGGCGGCGAAGAAUGGGUGGAGGGUAUCUAGAACCAGUGGAUACUGAUGACCCGGAAAUGAUCGGAUAUGCGACUUGGGCUGCAAAAAAGUUAAAAGGGACGUUCAUCACAGUCACAUCUGCUCAAAAACAGGUGGUUGCUGGUUGGAUGUAUCAUAUUACAAUGCGUAUGAAGUCAAAAGAACAAAUGAUGAUGCGAUGCAGUGUGAAAGUGUGGAUCCGUCACUGGUUAAACAGUAUUAAACUGGUGAGCGCAAGGUGCACACCGGUGCGCACCUAAGCGCUAGACACAGCAAACAAGAGGAUGGCUAAUUUGCCAGAACUUUUAAUUCUUAUAGAUUUUAUGCAACUAUAUACAUAUAUACUGUUCUUAUAUUUUUACCAAACUAGUUGCAAACGUGCGUAGUUUAGGCUCAACUUUGAGUUAAACUAUACAGUAAUGAUGUAGCCGUGUCGAAUAAAGAUUGUUAAAUCUGCUAAAUAGUUCUUUCCAGCGGAACCGGUCGUUUCCUCAUGCAACACUGAUGUAUAUGCAAAAGACAUUCCCUCUUUGAAGCACUUGUAAGUGUAUAAGAUGCAUUAAUACCAGUGGAAGAACCGUGACAAAAGUGUAUCUGUUAGAAAGGAAGUGAAGAUACAUGUACCUGUCCUAUCAUAGCUAUUUGAAUGUUAUUUUUGUUCAUAAUGUGAUCCACAAAAUUUAAUAAUAACAAUAUGUUCCGCCCUACCCGUGCAUAUAAAAUAAUCAUGUAAUGUUUAGGUCAUCCUACAAAUUGGAGACAUUCAAGCCAACGACUUAGUCAAGGUUUAGUUAGGACCGUUUAGCAAAUAAAGAGUGACCUACUUUUUGCUCCCACAUGAACUUCGUGAAAGUCAAUCUGAUGUGUUUUAAUACAGCUAUUCAAACAUAUACAGUCAAUCUCUUUUCGGUAUAAUUUUAAAAAAGUAGACAAAUAAACUUACUCUGUAGAAACAACGUGUGGUCUAAGCUUAAAUUAUUCACAUAAAGUACUGUGCAUAAUCAUGAUAAUGCUACAUUCAUUCCAUGAAUUAUUUGGGAAAUAGAUUUUAGUUUUGCGCGAUUUGUUGGCGAAUAAAAUACGGUUUUCAAUUCAGAUGAGUAGGAAUCUAACCACGAAGGCCGACAAAGCACGA